AUGCGUGUCCCACUCUUUCAAGGACUUGUUGUGCUAUACGUCGCCUUUUACUCGUCUGUUAUCUCGCAUGCCUCCAAACGCGCGGGGUAAGUGUGCGACCUAUCAUUUUUACUCAACAUCCAGUCGCGCGCAUUUCUGACCGACCGGUGUCCAUGAUGUAGUUUUGAUGAGGUUUCAAGUGAUUAUCGCGUAAUUCGUUUCUAAUUUUUACUGACCUUGUACAAUUUGUCCGAAUCUCCAAAGGCAUACCAAAGAAGCCAAGUUAACUCUGAAACCAGCCCGAGGCCAGCUUAUGUUGUCUUCUGGGAAGAUUAAACUCGGGGAAGUUUAUCUAUCAGGAAUUGGUGCUCUUCGCGGUGAGAAGGUAGGCAACAUUAACGAUCUAUUGUAGGUCCCUGUGAUACAAUAUAGCAAUAAAAGCAAUCCAGUCGUGGGCUCCCACAGCUUAACAAACUGAGACAAGCAAUUAUUUCUCUUUUAUCUUGUAUGUUUGGAAUUCUUUGAUUGCCGUAUACCGUCAUAUUACCUCAAUUUCUCAAGAGCUUCGUGAUAUGAUUGUAGUCAUUGUAAGCCGAUAUCAACAAAUAGCUACGUAAACUUCAAAGUGUUCCCGUUUUGGAAUAAAAUAAAAAUAUUUCGUUUAACUCCUGAACUACGGUAAAACUGAAUGUGAUUAAGUAAUACUCACACAAGAAAGCACAAACUGGCUACUGCUACUAAUCAAUACUUUAGAACCCUGCAAUGUUAUUGGAAAGAAUCUAAGACACAAGAGCCGAUCGGAAAAGCAGGGGGAAGUGGUUUUUUUUUUCUAAAAUCAUCGUCUUCUGCUCAGACAAAAAUUUGCGUUCAUUAAAUAGUACCAAGUUUCAGUUUGCUCCUGUGUCUGUGAUCGUGUUGCACGUACAUUGGAUAAAUGGAACUGUCAGCGAGGUCAGUGAAGUUUUACUGUCAGCUCGUACAAAGCUAGGGAACGACCCUUUGAUACAGACUCUCUUAGCAUUGUCUCUCAUAUUUCCAUCUUUUAGGGUGAACAAGGACCUCAAGGAGACAAAGGCAGCCAAGGGCCUAAGGUAAUAAAUUUAAACUUUGCGGCAAUUUCAUUGGUCAUCAUCCAACAGAAGCAAAAAAAUUUAAUACUUAUUGAACGAAUUACUAUCAGUUGGUAUGCGGUUUGUUGUGAGCUUUUUGAGCAAAGGUAAAUCAGGCACUCCUUUCUCUGAACAAAAGCUAUCAGCAACCGUCGGAAAAGUAACAAGCGUACAAGAAUAUCACUUACAGCGGUCACAAGUCAGAUGCAAUCUUCAGUGGCCGGCGACCGCCGCCGGUUAUUUUUGAGGGGGCGCAAACUUGUCGCAGGGACUCCUUUGUUGACAUCUGAGCUGCGAAACUCUUAAAAAACGUUGAAGUGUUAUCGCUCUAUCUCAAAUAUUACCUAAAGCAAAAUGAAAUUAACUGCGAGCUCUUCUUCCCUCUCAGAAGUUGAAACGCAUAACAAAGGCACGUUACAGUAUCAGGAAAACCGCUGAUCGUCCACAAAUUGGUCCAUGACAAUGAUUUUUCAUGUCGCGUGCAAUUGGAUAUACUUGGUGGAAAUAAGCCGAUAGAUGUUGUUUAACCCUUCAAAUCCCUUUACUAUAGAUAGUUAAGGCACCUGUAUAUCAUUAGUUAGCUAAGCAUUUUAAAUCGGCUUCGUGGUUUUUUUAAACAUUAAUCCUUGCGAAAACAACUAUUUCUGGCGUUAGGGAAUGAAAAGGACCGUGAAGAAUUUCCUUCUUACGGAAAUCUAGGAUUACUUCCCACGGAAAUGUUCAUUUGAGGAUUUACCUUCAUCAAGACAAAUUAUUUUUCAAUUGGUUUCAAAAUGUUAUAUUGUUACCGAUUUGCCAAUCUCUUUUUCACAUGUAGACUGCAAUGAAGAAGAUAAUGUCUCCUCUUUUCUAAUGGAAAUUCGUGUCUAUACGGUAUCGACGAAUAAGCAAUAACACUUGACGGAUACUUGUAACACACAUUACCCCACCAUUGUUUCCCAUUGUUUCCUUCCGUAGGAAUUCGUGUGGUUUAGAGUAUAAUGUUUAUCGGCCUGACAGCUAAAAAACAAACUCUUCAUGUUGUUUUGACUCUGCCUGCACCAGGGUCGAUGAUAGUAACUGUAACGAGGUUUCCUCCACUUCCCUUGUAACUUCCAACAAUGCAAAGCAAUUUUGGAAAAUUUUAUUUAGCUCUUGUUUGAUGAAAUAUAAGCACUGCUAGGAAAAAAAAACAAUAAACAGCCCCGAGUUUUAAAGGACUUUCUUUCUAUUUUUUUCCUGAAAACACAGAACAGAGAAGCUCAGUGUUGCAUCAUAGUCUUUUACAAUUCAAAAAUUGGUGUGUAUUGCUGAGAAACAAAAAGUGCGUGCAAACAGAGGUUCAAAACGAUUCUUGAAUGCAUGGAUCCACAAUAGGACUUAAGUAAGAGGUUUGCGGAAGGUUACUGGAAUUACACGACAUGCUCAAUAACUGACUGGAAGAGCAAAACGAGUUCGAAGCGGAAUUCCCCACUGACAGGGCACUUGCGAGGGUUUACGAUAUUAACCGCUAAUACAGGGAUUUAUUCUGUCUUCUGUGUGGCCUCUUAUGUGAAGAACGCUAUUUGGUUAACCGUGGAAGACAGUCACAAAAAAUCAAUGUCUUCUUUAUAAAAUCCCCUUAGAUAAAAAGUACUGAGAAGAAAACUUCCUACUAGAGAGGAUUCAUUUAAAUGGUAACACCAUAGAAUUUCAUUCACAGAUUUAAAAGUUAGAGUGACAAAUAAUUUCCCCAUAACUUGGUCCUGGAGUGAAGGACGGGUUAAAGAGUUUGGCAGCGACAAAGGUCACACGAUCUGCCUCAGCUUAGAACACUAAUUCUACCUUUAAAUGGGCUAUGGCGAGGAGAUUUCCAUUUUUUUUUGCGUAUUGUUUUCCUUGGUUUCUUACAGCAACUUAUAUAUCGAUGCAUGCAAUGAUUCCAGGGGACAUGUUAGGGGAACCCAACGAGAAUAUAGUUCAAAACCACUUAAACAUAGCAUUGUUGAACGUUUUUUAGUAUUUAAACGGUAGAUAUAGGCGUAUUUUUAUCUCCUAAAAAUUUUUCAUCUGUUGGGAUUUCCUAGCUGAAAGUCUAGUGAUGCGAAAAUUAUAGGGAUCAAAACUUACCUUUUCGAAAAUUUCAGCCAGAAAAAAGGCUCUCUUAAAUUCUAGGUGACCUUUUUAGGGUAAAAAUCCGUUAAAAAUGGGCAAUUAUACCAUUUUUUAGAUGUUAGAAAAUCCUAGGAGAGGCAGGCAAGCAAGAAAUUUAACAACAAAUGUUACGAAAAUUCUAGAUCUCAAAUCGUCUUCCGAACAGAUAUUUUCCAAAAAUUGACGUUAGGUGCCCCUGACAUGUUAGAGUUUAAUCUUAGUUGAGGAUUUGUUCUACUCUCCCUCUCAAGCUAUUUAUUCUUCUUAGUUCUGGUCACUUUGGCUACUUAAUGAAUUCAUUCUGAUCAUAAGAGCCAUUAGGUAUAUUAUCUCCGGCUACAGAAAUGUAAAUAAGAUAUAGACAGAAAGGGUUACGCUUUUGCAGUAACAAAAUGACCUUUCAGUGUGUGUUGUCAUGAAGCAUUCUACAGGCAGCAAACGUUGUCCAAACCCUUUAACGAUCAUUUAUCUUGAAUUUUUUAACUGAAAACAGAUGCAUUUUCUCGAUUGGGCCUUAUUUUCCUUUAUUUUUCUGAAAACUGGUGAACGAUAGAGGUUAUGGCGAGAGGGUAGGUAAGCUGGGCAGAGCAAGUCCACAAACUACAAUACACCGUUUCUUCAACUUAUCGUGCAGUUCUGCAAGUUUUCAUUAGCCAUUUGGUCGCAUUAUCAAGAGCCAAAGUUUUAAAUGUCCCUUAUCCCGUUAUAUUAAGAAGAUAAGGCCCCUAACUAUCCAAAUAAACACAAAACACACAAACGGGUGACAACUUGAAAUUGUUUUUUUCUUUCAUUAAUUUCCUUGGGAUGAUUACGCCUUGGGGUCAUACCUUUUGCACGCAUCCCGCGGAGACACCUGUAGCAGCCAUUGAAAGUUUAAACUGGCAUAAAGUUACCUUAAAACAAAGAUAAAAAUUAAUGGCUGAAUUUUAGAUCAAUGAAGGAUGAUUGGAGGAAGGGGAAUUAGCAUAAGAUGCGAUGUUCAAAAAUUGUGGCGACUAAUUAUUUAUUAAUUAUUCAAUUAUUUGUUGUCUCCGCGCUUUUAGGGUGAGAAAGGAGAUAGCUGUACCAGCGCCAGUACCACCACCAGCUACAGAAAAAUUGUGACAUCAACGCGUCUGGCCUCUGCUCCUUGCAAUUCUCGGCUGGAAGGCCAGCUGAGGUACGACAGAGUCAGUGGAAAACUGAACAUCUGCAGUCGGAAACAAUGGCUACAAGUGCAGACUGUCCUGCAGGGAGAGAUAAAUAACUCGUCACCCAGAAAGUCCUGUCUUGACAUUUUGUUCAGUGGUGAGAGCCAGGGUGAUGGCAUGUACUGGAUUAACCCACUUGGUGUGGACAACGAACGAAAUGCAUUUCGUGCUUACUGUGACAUGACAACGUCGGGUGGAGGAUGGACUCUGGUUGCCAAGAUAACCCAUGACUACAGCUGGGUGUGUCCUGAUAGAGAUGGAGCCAUGUGUCUUGGUUCUAAAACUAACCCUCUUUACGCAAACUUGUUCCAUGAAAUCCACCAACGGGACAGUGUAGACAUGUCUAUCAAAAGCAACGCUGACGCUGGAGUCCAUUUGAACAACACCCUGAUUCGAUUGCUCUUCGUGUCCGGCCGUCAGUCUGUAAGGUUCACGUUUGUGGGUUCUGGAAACGGCUGGACACCCUCAGAAGACGCUUACGCUGCCUUCAACCCAAGCAAAAAGAACUCCAUGUUCGUAGACCACGAGUGGGGAGAAUACACCCUUGAAGAUGUGGACUACACCUGGAAUAUCAUCAAACACAGCCGCAACGACAAGAAAUUCACUGGCAGAAUCAUCUGCUGGGGAAACAAGGUCAAGCAAUCGUAUCGUUUCUAUGAUCAUGGUCUUCACGUAGGCUCACCGGCGUCUGCACACAAGCCAUGCUUGCUGGACAAUAAUGAAAACGAGGUCAUGCUCAAGAGCCACUAUGCCACCCUACAAGACUCUCCUCUUAAGGCACGCUGGGAUAUGGCCCAGUUUGGCUUCCUUGGGGCCGGUUAUGUGCAGGUGCCCAAUAAACGUAUUGCAAUAUGGAUACGUUAA